UUGUGUUUGGCCGGUGGAUAUGCGCAGGCAAAGUCGAGGAGCUUUAUUUCCCCUCUCUUGUGGGAUUAUUGCCAGCGAUGGACAGAGAGAGUAAGGGGGAACAGGGCUGGUGGUUUUUGAUUUUCACGGUUAUAGACGCGCUGAACAUCGCACACGUAAACUGAUCGUUUAAAUAUUAAAUAAGAGAACAUUUUUGCACAUUUAAUUAAGUGUUGAUCAACCAUGACGACCGAAAUCUCCAAGCAACAUUUGGAUCCAUCUGAUGCUCGCUCAAGCCCAGCUCUGAAUGCAGAUCUGAGCGCGCAGCCAGUGAUGGAGAGCGGGCAAAAUGCAUCACCAAAAUGGAAAAAGGGAAACUCUGGCAUGAGGCGCCCUGAAAAGCCUCCCUACUCAUAUAUCGCGCUCAUUGUGAUGGCAAUUCAAAGUUCACCGACCAAAAGGCUUACUUUGAGUGAAAUCUAUCAGUUCUUGCAGGCCCGCUUCUCUUUCUUCAGGGGAUCCUACCAGGGAUGGAAAAACUCCGUCAGACACAACCUGUCUCUGAACGAGUGUUUCAUAAAGCUGCCAAAGGGUCUCGGUAGACCUGGUAAAGGGCACUACUGGACCAUAGACCCGAGCAGUGAGUUUAUGUUCGAGGAGGGCUCUUUUCGUCGCAGACCUCGGGGGUUCCGGAGAAAAUGCCAAGCUUUGAAACCAAUGUACAGGAUGAUGAAUGGUAUCGGGUUUGGUGCAUCCAUGCUGCCUCAAAACUUUGAUUUCCAAUCACCUACAGGCUCAUUAGCGUGUCAUAACAGCUACAACAUAGACUUGAUGAGUAAUACAGUGCCAGGUGGAUUCGAUGGACUCGAAAGGGGAUAUCACGUCCCACAAAUGUCAUCAGGCUCCGGGUCAUCGUACAUGGCCGCAUGUCAGGUGGCCUCUAACGCGGACUAUUGCCCGGACAGCAGCAGCAGCCCCCUGCAGUCCCCCCCAGCGAUGGUAUCCACUUUGGACUGUCAGUCUCCGUAUGCAAAUGCAGCUUCACACUGGAGUUCACCUGGUGUUUCUUCAUACAUCAAACAGCAGUCGUUGGCAUCAAGCAGCCCCACUUCUCUGCACACGGGGAUGUCACCUUACUCUCUGGAUCAAGGCUAUCUGCACCAUAAUGCACGAGACUCCUCUGACAUUUCAGCAGGACUGUCCCGAUACAGCCACUCAGCUCCUGUGUGUGACAGGAAGGACUUCGUUUUGAACCUCAAUGGAAUCUCUUCCCUGCACCCCAGCACCAGCGGCUCGUACUACCAUCAGCUUCAUCACCAUCACCAAAGUGUCUACCAGGACGUGAAGCCAUGUGUCAUGUGACAGAACACCUGGUACAGAACUGUCAAGGACUUUUCUGCUAAAUUCAUCCCAUUGGUGGACUCAUUUUGGUCAGUGACCCAUGGUUAUAAUGGCGAUUUUAUCCCAAUUUGAGUAAUUGGACGUUGACUUAUUUCUUAAACGUUUAGUAAUGGUUUUGAUGGGUCGUUUUGCCACUGUCAUAAUAUGACAGAUUUUACAUAUAAGCAAUAAAGCAGUAUUCAUAUUUGUAUUAUUACAAAUACGUUCACGCACCUGAAUUAAUCUUUACAUGCACUAUUCAUUCUGUGUUCCUGCAUUUGCUGAAAUUGUUGCUGCAGGCCAUUAAAGAGAUUUAUUUUUAAAUGAUAAUUGGAAG